UCGACGUCAGCUGACAAACACAGGGGAUAAUGGGUGUGCCGGCACGCCCGGGUCGCGAUACCGCGGCGGGAGGGCCUGUUGGAAUGCUCGUAGGCAUUCGGAAGCUGGCAUUCAAACCCGGCGCUGCUUCUGGUGCGCACGGUACAUAACGCGCAACACAUCCGCCCUCCGCGGACGCCCGCCGCGGUACCAUACGCAGCCUAGCAGCCAAGUCAGCAGGAACAACUCGGCGCCCCUCUUCCCACGUGGACCCAUAACUGUCUUGCCCCGCAUAUACAUCUCAGCCACCCGUGACCAUGCUCGCCGGCAUCUCGUCCAACUACUUAAGGCGCGGCGCCCUCGCCGCUGCUAGAUCCCCACGCCUUCUCAGCUCGACCCGCCUCGCACCCUCCUACAACACCACCUACUCCGCCGGAAUGAAGAUUGUCGCUGUUCUCUACAAGGGUGGUAACGCUGCCACCGAGGAACCUCGUCUCCUCGGCACCAUCGAGAACCAGCUCGGUAUCCGUUCGUGGCUCGAGGAGCAGGGCCAUGAGUUCAUUGUCACCGACGACAAGGAGGGCCCCGACUCCGUCUUCCAGAAGAACAUCGUCGAUGCCGAGGUCCUCAUUACGACCCCCUUCCACCCCGCAUAUGUCACCAAGGACAUCAUCGACAAGGCCAAGAACCUGAAGAUCUGCAUCACCGCCGGUGUCGGCUCCGACCACGUCGACCUCAACGCCGCCGUCGAGCGCAAAAUUCAGGUCCUCGAGGUCUCCGGCUCGAACGUCGUCUCGGUCGCCGAGCACGUUAUCAUGAGCAUCCUCCUGCUCGUCCGCAACUUCGUCCCCGCACACGAGAUGAUCGAGCGCGGUGACUGGCAGGUAUCAGAGGUCGCACGCAACGCGUUCGACCUCGAGGGCAAGGUCGUCGGCACGAUCGGUGCAGGCCGCAUCGGCUACCGCGUCCUCCAGCGCCUCGUCCCCUUCAACACGAAGGAGCUCAUCUACUACGACUACGCCGCGCUCCCCGAGGAGGCCGCGAAGUCCGUCGGCGCGCGCCGCGUCGAGGACCUCAAGGACUUCGUCUCGCAGUGCGACGUCGUGACCGUGAACUGCCCGCUGCACGAGGGCACGCGCGGGCUCGUGAAUGCGGAGCUGCUCAAGAGCUUCAAGAAGGGCGCGUGGCUCGUGAACACGGCCCGCGGCGCGAUCUGCGACAAGGACGCGGUCGCGGCCGCGCUCAAGAGCGGGCAGCUGAGCGGGUACGCGGGCGACGUGUGGAACGUGCAGCCCGCGCCGGUCGACCACGUGUGGCGCACGAUGAAGAACCCGCUCGGGGGCGGGAACGGGAUGGUGCCGCACUACUCGGGCACGACGCUCGACGCGCAGGCGCGCUAUGCUGCGGGCACGAAGAGCAUCCUCGAGAACUACCUCAAGAGCCAGGAGCAGGAGCCGCAGAACAUCAUCAUCGGCCUCGAGGGCUAUGCGACCAAGGCGUAUGGCCAGCGCAAGUGAGCGCGCUGCACGCAGGGGUCGUCGGACGGUUACUCGCAUAUGUAUUGAAACCAACAUCAUUGUCUUUCUGUACCAGUAGGGCACGCAGUCGUCGAUCAAGUUAUCACAUACCUUGUACAUUCGCAGCACCCCGCG